AUGCAUAACCGGCCUCACCCUCUCCACAACUCGCACCUCCAGUCUCAGAAGGUGUCGCGACCCAACUCCGAGGGCGUGGCCAAGAAGCAGGCGUCUCCACUCCGGGCGACGGCGGCGACGGCGGAGGCGCAGGCGGAGGAGGAGCGCGUCCCCCCCCGCCUGCGCACCGUCGUCGCCCUCGAGAGGAUGGUCAGUCAGAAUAUCUUCGACGAAGUCACGCAAGACUACAAGUACUGGGAGGACAGCAGCGACGAGUACCGGAACCUGGAGGGGUCUCUGCUGCCGCUGUGGAGGUUCCCGUGCGAGGGCGGCCGAGCGCUCGUCGUCGCGGAUAUCUGCUGGAGUCCCGUCUACCACGACCUCUUCGCUGCCGCCUACACUGCAGAGAGCAUCUGCGGGGCAUCCGACGCCCGAGGGAUGCUGUGCCUGUUCACCCUCAAGAACCCGGGCAUCCCUGAGCGCGUCCUGCAGCCUUCCUGUGGCGUCACGUCAGUACAGUUCCAUCCCUCGCGAGCGAGCGUGCUGGCGGCGGGGCGCGUGGACGGGGCGGUGAUGGUGGUCGACGUCCGCUUCCCCCGCGCCCCCAGGGUCAUCACCUCGACGGUUGUUGCCGGAAGUCACCUCCAGCCGGUCUGCCAGAAACGUACUGUGAUGUUCUAUGGUGUUCUUGAUUGUUUAGAGACGUUCUGUGAUGUUCUGAGAUGUUCAGAAGUGUUCUCGUAG